CCCCCUCCGCGUGGAAGUGCGAACCGGGAAGCGGAAUCCGUGCAUUGGAGCCGGGCCCUAGCCCCAGAGAUUGACCCUCUCACACCCCGGCUCCCAGAAGUCACUCGGUCGGUGUAGACUUGCACUUUCUGACCCGAUGUCCGGCGGCAGGUUAUGGCAGAGCGGUCCCCGAGCCCCCGUGGUGCCUGUCGAGGAACUGGAGAAUCCCGAGUUCGUCGGCGCAGGUGGGUUCGGGGCGGUGUUCCGCGCGCGGCACAGGACGUGGCGCACAGGUGUGGCGGUCAAGAUCUUGGAGGGGGAGGCGGUAUCCAGGGAGGUGAGGGCCAUGGCCAGUCUGUGUAACCAGCACCUGCUGCUCCCGCUGGGAGUCACCCAGAAGCUGCAGUGGGAAUAUGCCUGUGGGCCUGCUCUGCUGACUCCAUUUAUGGAAAAUGGUUCCCUAGUAGGACUGCUGCAGCCCCACUGUCCCCGGCCCUGGCCACUCCUCAGCCGCCUGCUGCAGGAGGUGGUGCUGGGGAUGUGUUAUCUGCAUAGCCAGAAUCCUGUGCUUCUGCACCGAGACCUCAAGCCCUCCAACGUCCUGCUGGACUCAGACCUGCACGCCAAGCUGGCGGAUUUUGGCCUGUCCACAUUUCAGAGAGGCUCAAGGUCAGGAGCUGGAUCUGGGAAGUCAGCCCCAGCCUACCUGGCCCCAGAACUGUUGCCUGAUGUAAACCGAAAGGCAUCCAUGGCCAGUGAUGUCUACAGCUUCGGGAUCCUAAUGUGGGCAGUGCUAGCUGGAAGAGAACCUGAGAUAGUGGCCCAGACAUCGCCGGUGCGGGAAGCAGUGUAUGAGCGGCAGAUCCGGCCCCCGUUGACCAAGCUGCCCCUGCCCAGCCCUGAGACUCCUGGCUUGGAAAGACUGAAGGCAUUAAUGCAGCACUGCUGGAGCCAUGAGCCCAAGGACAGGCCCUCCUUCCAAGAAUGCCAACCGAUCACUGAGGAAGCCCUCAAUCUGGUAAAUAAGGAGAUGGAUGCUGCGGUCUCCACAGUCAAGAAGUUCCUGUGUGAAAAUAGAGGCAGCCGGAUAUUGUCUGCCCCCCAGCCAGGCCCAGGAGGGAUAGAAACAGAAGGCCCUAGGGGGACCACAGGAAGCCAUGAUAUCACAGCCUCUGAAAUGCUAAGCAAACUAAGUCUGAAGGAGUCCCCCAACUCUGUUCCUAAAAAAUGGACAAACCUUCCUGAGACGACCAGGGCACAGGGAGACAAGGUUCAGCCUGCCCGGUUAGCAGGGCUACCUUCUGAUUCAACAGCCUCAUCUCCCCAAACUCCAGAGACUUCACGUUUUGAAAAUCAGAUGGCCAGCCCCAACUUGGCUCAGACCCCAGGUCCUGGACCUGAAGGGAAUCAGGGGGCUAGGAGACGUCGCACCAACUGGCCUCCCAGGGCACCAGGGCCUAAUCCAAUACCAGGUAGCCCUAUUACCAUAUGUGACAGCCGUGCGGUGCAGGUGGGAGACAACAACUAUUUGAUUAUACAAGAAGGAACUGCCUUGUCCACGCAAGGACAGGCACCUUGGGGCAUGGGUAGAGGCUGGCAGUGGGCCUCGCACGAGUAGGUUGGAAAGGGGAACCACAAGGAGGACCACAAGAACCAAGAAGCCUGAAGAGAGCUGCAGGGCUGGUAGGAAGAAACAUCUAGCUACUUCUUGGACUCGGGGCAAUUAGCUGAGACUUUCUUUGGGGGCUGACUUUGUGCACACAGCAGUCAAUAAACAUAGUGGAUUGUUUCUU